AUGCCCCGCAUAAUUCCGACAAAAGAAACGAUAUUUUUGCUUAAAACAAUUGCCUUGGUCGAUGAUUUGCCAGAUUGGGGAGGAGACUUUGUCUUUGAAAGCAAAAAUUUUCUUGAUGCUGGGUUGGUUUUCGCAAGUGAUAUUGAGUUGUCAGAAAUAUUGGGCGUAUUUCGGAUUUUGUCGUUGGUUUUUGUGGUGAAUUUGUCCAAUGAGAUUAUAAGCGAAUACUCUCUUGAAAGACAUUUCCUGUUGGCAAAGAGAACAGUUUUUGUUGAGAAUUCAAAAGAGGAUGCCGAGGGCGAGGAGAGUAUUGAGAAAAGUCUUGCCAUUUCUACGUUGUUCAUAGCUUCUUGGGUUUAUAGACAAAAAGCUAAAAUGGUGAUGAGAAGUUGUGUUUACAUUAAAAAAUAUAAUUAUUAUGAAUACAUAGACAGAAUAGUAGAAGAUUGGCUAGUUUUUGCUCUUGAGGGAGUUCCGAAUGUUCCUGGCGGCACCAAAAAUAUCAAUUGGCUUUAUAAUAACAGGAGCAACCGGAAUGUAAUCGGAAAUGGAAGUGAUGAUCCAGACGAAGCAAUGAGAGAUGGUGAAAAUUUAUUUGUUGUUAAUUUAAUAAAAAAAGUGGGAAGAGAAAGCGGAACAGGAAAUUUUGCGAGCCAAGAUGAUAUACUAGAUUCGUUAAACAAAGUAUUUGGAGACAUCCAUUUAGUUAACCAUGCUCGAAGAAAUUACAAAAAAAGAAUUCAAGAUCGCAUAAAUGCAGCAAGUUCUAGGAGUAGAAAUGAAGAUCGAACUCUUUUACUAAACAAAGCAGAAAUAGGCGAUGAAGAUGAUCCAAUUAAUUUUAAUGUGGCUGAUAUUUAUUGUUUGGAUAAAUUUAUUGACAAGUUUUUUGAAGAUAGUCGUAAUAAGGUUGAAAUAGUAAUUAACGGAAGUUUUAAUGGAUUUAAUUUACUUAGCAAAAAGGAUAAAAUAAUUAGUAGCGAUACAAUAGUUGAUCCAGCAACCGAAGAAAGAACUUUAAAGGGAAUGGAGCGGGAAAAAAACGAUCCAGAUCCUGAGGGUGAUGAUGGAGGUCCUGGAAGAGGAGACGAAUUUGCCUACCAGUUUCAAAUUACUGAAGUAGACCGAUUAGCUGGCAACAAUAAUGCUGGAGAUGAGAUUAUUGAAGAUUAUUGUGAAAAAAGUUUAACCGGAACUCAGGCUGCUUUGGCUUUUGCCUGCGGAAUUGAUCAUGAUGAUAUUCGGAGAGAUGGAACUUUUACUACCGACGCGACAAGUUAUGAUUUAAAAACUCCUGUCGGGUUAAGAAAUGCGGUUAGAAGCAAAAGUUUAGAAAUUAAUCCAACUAUAGGGGAAGCAGAAAAUGAUUUAUCAACAGAAGAGCAAGAAAUUUUUGCAGAGGCUACAAUUUUAGACACCGCUGCUGCUGAACACCAUGCGGCUUUAUUACUAGCUUAUUUACGUGCGGCUAAAAAUAACCAACCAUUGAACUUGGAUACUGACGGAAUUCCAGAUUUAACUGGAUCCCACGACUCAGCUAAUGCCGAAGCAAUUAAAUUUUAUUUUGAAGUUCCAGAAGAACUAGACGGACUAGGAAGGACAAAAAUUAACAAUCCUGUCCAUCUUGCUCGACAAGCACUUAAUAAUGCUUUUAAUAAUAUUGUUGACCGAGUACAUGCGAGGUAUGAAGAAUUGCGAAACGCUGAAUUUGUCAACCAAUUCAAAAGGCAACGAAUAUUCGCAAACAGAAUUGACAACAACUGA